AUGGAGGAUCUCCACUGUUUCCCGAGCAAGCGCCUGAAAGCGCCAUCCCCAGCUGGGUCUCCGCAUCCCGCUGGCAAGGGCAAGAGGAAGAUGGAGGAAUUCGCGUCUGGGGAAGACGAGGACCGGGCUGCCGACGGGAGGGCUUGCGGUAUCUGUUUCGCGGAGGAGCGACGGUCGAUACGAGGAUGGAUCGACUGCUGCGAUCACUACUUCUGCUUCGUGUGCAUCAUGGAGUGGGCCAAGAUCGAGUCCCGAUGCCCUUUGUGCAAACAGAGGUUCGGUUCCAUCCGCCGGCCGGGGGUGCCCGGGGUGUUCUUCCGGGAGAGGAUUGUUCAUGUGCCUGUCCGAAACCAGGUUGGCCAUCGAAUCCUCUCUAUAUACAUCUGUAAUUAUUUUCUCCUCCUGUCCAUAAUCUCUAUGCUAAUUGGAAUAUGAUGCUGGGAUUGGAAAACUCGGAAAUCAGAAUAUUACUAUCAUUAAUCCAGAACAUUAGAAUCUAGGAGAAAAUAUUACCCACCCUAAAAAUGAUUAAUAUAGUUUUUUCCUCUGGUCUUUUUAGAUUCCCCUUUAUGAGAGACCACGUAACUCUGUCACUGGUUGGACAGGGUUUUCUCUGAAAUAUAGUUUGUUUGCCAGAUUCUUCCUUAACAAUAGCCCCUGAAGACAUCCAGCAUACCCUCUGAAACUAUGGACUUCAAUCUCCAUGACCAACCCUAUGGUAUGUCAAUUUUUAUUUCAUCAUUCGCCAUAUUUAAGAAAAAAAUCCUUCUGUUCUCGAUUCCCUUGGUUCAGUGGUAUAUCUAUCUAGUGGUUUCUAUGGUCGUGCAGCAUUUUUCUGAUGGAUCUCUUUAUAAUUCAAAGAUGCAUCGGAAAAUUUGAAAUAGUUCAUGAAAAUUGUGUUCGAAUUUGAGACAGCUUUGUGCUGGUUAAUUCACAAUGGUGGUUAAGAUAUUGCACUCAGCUUGAUGAUAUCUUGGAUUGUUAGUUUCUCUGGUUUUACGAGUAAUUCAGCAGGAAGUAGAAGAAGAAAUUAUAAUUUCGUAUCACAAAGUUCAAUAGCAUAUCUCCAUGGAUUCAGCCUACUAGACAUGUCUUGUGACAAUUAGAUCAUUUCACAGGUUCAACUUUUUGACAAUGCAACAGAAGACGAUGACCCAUAUGCAAACAUCAACUGCAGCAUCUGCCACAAUUCUGCGGAUGAGAACCUGCUUUUGCUCUGUGAUCUAUGUGAUUCUUCCGCUCAUACUUACUGCAUUGGCCUUGGGUUCACCGUCCCUGAGGGGGACUGGUAUUGCCCAGAUUGCACUGUCUCCCGGAAGGAGCAAUCCAGAAUGCAAGAUGAUGACCACCAUUCCGAUGAACUUCUCUGCAGAGUUUCCAUAAAUACCACAGAGGCCGACCCACUUGUUUCAAUCUUCGACAUUGUUCAUGAUGAAGGGUCUUCCAACACCUUGAGAGAAUCCAGGGCCCAGGCUCUUCGAAGAGUAGUGGGUGAUAGCAGACCCACAUCGGAGGAGGGUGCCCCUGAAUGGGUAUCUCGAGGAGGAAUCAUGGCUGGCAGGAGAUCCCUAGUUGAGGCAGGUGCGAGGACCCUGCACCAGCAUCGUGAUCGGCAUCAACGCAUACAGUUGCUGCGAGAAAAUUGGUCUAAAUUCCAAAGUGGGUCUAUGGAUUUCAGAUCAAGCUCAGCUUCAGCAUGUGGGGCAUCCAGCGGCAGAGAGCAUAAGCCUGGCCAUCGCCAUUCCACUGGCAAUGUUGAAGCUGUGACAAGAUUCAAAUCACCGGAGGUAAAAGUAUGUACUAGUUCCUAUGACGUUGAUAGAGCUUGGAAGAUGCUAGAGAUUGCAAAGCCAAUGAAAAGGGUUCAACCCACAGCCAGCUACCAGUCCCAGAGGGUCAAUGGUAAUGAUAGCAUGCGAGCCAGGAUCUCUCAUAGAAGGAUUCUUUCUACAAAUCGAGAUCCAGAGAAUAGGUCACCAGCUGUUGGCGCCACUGGAAUUGGAGCAUGCAUCAGUCCAACCCCUUUUGAGGUAGAAAGGGAGAAACAUGGGUCUUAUGAGUGUGGAAUGAAGGAGAUGACGACCCAUUUUGGUGGAGUUUCGUCCUCAUCAGACAGGUUGAACUCCAAAUGUACAUUACAAUUCAGCCAUGAAGAUGGGGGGGAGCAUGGGGCCCCACAACGCACUUAUGAUGCAUCAAAUUCAGUGAGGCUAAAAGAAGUACGUAGUUGCUUCCCAGCUGGAGCUUCAUGUUCAGUACAUAGGAAAAGGAUGCCUUGUGAACAAGGCAGAAACACCAAUGGAGAUCCUAUGGCGAUUUCUGAUGGUGCGAAGAGUGAAAUCCAGUCAUUGGUCAAGUUGACCUUGAAAUCUAAAGGCCGUCAUUUUGGUAAGCCUGCUUCUCUUUCCUAGUUUCUCUACGUAUUCACUUAUUACCGUUGAGUGGGUUCUCCUAAAUUUCCUUGAGAUUCAUGCCUAUUUAGUUUAAUAUCCCCGCAAUUUAAUGCAACUCCGAAUUAUCGUAGCUGAUGACUGUGUGGUGGGGGGUGCUAUCACAAAGUUUAGAGGGAUAUUACACCUAGGUUUUUAUUCCAGGGGCUUCAAAUGUAGAUUGGCAUUCUCUUUUAACUCCUGACCAAUGGUGAAUUCGUGGGAUGCUACAGUCUGAAAGCAAUGUUCCUUGGAAAUGCUUCUCAGUUCUCCAAACUAUGGGUUUUUAAAUGACAUGAUUAUUCUCCUUUCUGUCCAAAUUUCCUCGCUAUUUUUUAAGAGGGUCAACCGGGUCUCUGCCUUCUCAGGAAAGGAUAAGUUCAAAGAGAUUGCCCGAAUCGCCACCCACACCAUCCUUGCUGCUUGCAGGCUGGAUCAUUCGAAAUCUUUCUCGCAGCCGAUCUUACCUCCCAUCUGCCCGCACCAAGAUGAGGCGAACUACAGGUCAAGCCUUCUCCCGGGUUCUUGCAGAGAUUGCUUCUUCUCCUUUGUAAAAUAUGUGGUGGAUGUCAUCGCCUCUGAAAGGAUGGUGGUUUCAUGGGAUGGCUCCAAUCCAGCUUAA